AUGGAGUACUUGGGGGGUGGUGUCCUGGGGGAGAAGUUACAAAGCCAGAGGAGUAGCAGCGUCUUCAUCACAGUGGGGUGCUUAUUUGUCUAUGCCUGGAAGGGGAUGACCGACGAGGAGUACGUGUGGUGCAUUGAGCAGACCAUCUACUGGAAGGACGGCCAGCCCCUCAACAUGAUCCUGGAUGACAGCGGCGACCUCAAGAAGUACCCCAUACUGCUGUCAGCUGUGUGGCAAGUGUCUGAGGGGACCACCACAGUGGUGCACAACCUGUACAAGAUGAUGAAGAACGGCGAGCUCAAGGUCCCGGUCAAUGACUCAGUCACCAAGAGCAAGUUCGACAAACUGUAUGGCUGCAGAGAGUCUCUGAUUGACGGGAUCAAGCGGGCCACCGACGUGAUGAUUGAUGGAAAGGUGGCGGUUGUUGCCGGCUACGGUGACGUUGUCAAGGGCUGCAUCCAGGCCCUCCGUGGGUUCGGUGCCCGCGUCAUCGUCACAGAGGUGGACCCCAUCAAUGCCCUGCAGGCUGCCGUGGAGGGAUAUGAAGUCACCACCAUGGAGGAGGCUUGCAAGGAGGGGAACAUCUUUGUGACCACCACUGGCUGUGAGGACAUCCUUUUGGGCAACCAUUGUGGAGGCCACGGGGAUGACACUGUCCAAUAAGAAGAGUGUGGCUAAGUUGCACAAGGUAUGUCUCUCUCAGAAUUCGUUCUCCCGCCAUUUUGUCCACAUUC